AUGACUCUUACAGCCCGUUGGAAUUCGACAGUGAUUUUUGAACAUGGAUCGUUUUCACUCAGGUGUGAUAGCAAUUACCUGUCUCUGAUGAAUGUGACGGAGUUUGAAAAAUCUCAGAGCAUUUCAAUGUUAACUGAAUGUGAUGGUAAACAACAGUGUUCAUUGAAAACUGAUUCAACCAUUGAAGGGAAAUCCAUCAGUUUCUUCUGCUAUAAUAAAUGCCUCAAUAAAAACUACACCAACACUCUUCUCAAAUAUAAUUUUGCUGAGGAUAUAGGACAAUAUCCUUAUGACGUAAGAGAUCCGUUCACUGCGUUCCUUAAGUCACGUGUCUUUGAGUGUGAAGAACGACACGUCUUGACUGAUGGGAAUCUCACACUUCAGUGUAGAGAGAACAGACAGUGGUCAGGAAAAGCUCCUGUGUGCAAUGUCACUUGCCAGGAGCCUGAUCAUGAAAAUGACACUACUAUUCUUGAGUAUGGCAAGUCACCGAUGUAUUUUAAGGAUGAUAAUGUGACAUACACAUGUAAGAAAAACCAUCGUCACGUAGAUGGCAAUCUCGUAAGAGUAUGUAACGAAACUGGUGAUUGGACAGGAAAGAAACCAGUUUGCUGUAAGUGUCCAUGUGACAGGGUAAGAUCUCAGAAUUUUAUCAGUGAUCCACAGGUUCUUAAAAUCAGAUUAGACAAACUGAAGAAAGAACUAGAAGUCCAUAAAGAAAAACUGUCUAAAACAGUGAGAGCAAAGACAUGUGCCAAGGAUGAAAGGACGUCUGUAAGGGGCAUCGGCUCUGUUCUAGGUGUUGGUAUUAUCACCUUUAUGUUGAUAACCAUUGUUUGUAGUGACUUCCCAUUGCUAUACAGACAUAUCCGGUAUGGACCUUAA